CUAAAUGUAAAUAUUGUCAGUUUAAUUGGACCUGUAGCAAUCCAAAUGAAUUAGAAGAACAUUUAGCAAAUAAUUGCCAAAAAGUUCCACAAUAUGUUAGUUCAUUUUAUAUAGAUUUGCAAAAUAUAAUGGAUUGGUUUAAACCAGAAACUAUACUUCCUUCAAAAAUUGCUUCUAUUACUUGUGCUCUU